AUGCCACAUGAGCCGCGCGGGCAGCAACUCCGUGAACUGGUGCAUAGGCUAGCCAGGGACAGCCGCAAUCCCUUCAUUAUAAUCGCUCUCAUGAUUCUCAAAUAUGAGUUUACGAACAUCCCCGACGACGACUGGGGGUUAAAUGAGAGCAGAGGCCAGGCUUGUGAAUUUGUUGCCUGGCAAUUCCUGUGUCACCUAAAUGCGAGCGAGGCCGUUGAGUUCUUGCUGGAAGAACUCCCAAGACCCAGAAGCAAUUCGACAACUAUCCUUGAAAUAGAGAGGGGAGAAUCUGGUUUUGGGUUUACUUGCGAAACCGAAACCACUCCUCUUAUAUCCGGAGCAUCUAGCCCACUCCCCUCUCCAGCACUUGGUCAACGGACGCGUCUCGCCCAGAACGCGAGCGGCUCGGACCUUGACGACUCCGAAGGCCAGGGAAACGACGUCUCACAAUAUUCUCAAUUCUUCGGGCUGAACGCGCUUGAGGUUGCAGCUGUUGGUCAUGCCAAAAAGUUCCUCAGUCAGCAAGUCAUUCAACGAGUCGUCAAUGAUAUAUGGAAAGGUGAAAUUGUUUUCUGGGAUUCACUCACAGUCAACUCGAAGAAGAAACCCCAGCGAUUCAAUAGAAAAACCGCAGAUCCAUAUUCACGUCUCAGGGUCCCCGUUUAUCGGAAGAUGUUCGAAGCCGCCUUUUUCCUCUCUUUCCUUUUUCUGUACUAUUCAGUACUCUUAGAGAGGAGAGAAAAUGGGAUAGGGAAUUUUGAAGUGCUGAUGGACAUCUGGAUCAUUGCCUUUGCUUAUGAUGAGCUCAGUGGGCUCGUCGACGCCGGGGUCCUCUUCUACCAAAUGGAUUUCUGGAGCCUGUGGAAUCUGGGAAUUAUCGGGGUCGGCCUCGUCUUCAUCAUCACAAGCAAGUGA